AUGACCAUGAGUGUCACAGAUACCACCACCCAAGUACCUACUACUCCUGAGUCCACUACAUCAGCUACAACUAUUGGUACCAGUCCCAUAUCCGAAGCAUCUGCUACUGCAGGAGACACUACUGUCACAAGGGUUAGAAAUACCACCAUCCAAGGAACUACUCCUCUUGGGUCCACUACAUCUGCCACAACUUCUGGUCCCACCACCACAUCAGAGGCACAUACUACAGUAGACGGCACAACAGUCACAAGUGGCACAGACACUACCUCCCAAGGAACUACUACUCCUGAGUCCACUACAUCUCCUACAACUAUUGCCACUAGUCCCACCCCUGAUGCAUCUACUACAUCCGGAGACACAACUGCACUUACUACAGUAGAAGGCACAACAGUCACAAGUGGUACAGACACCACCUCACAAGAAACUACUAGUCCUGAGUCCACUACUUCUGAAACAACUAUUGCCACUAGAACUACUACUCCUGAUUCCACUACAUCUGCUACAACUACUGCCACCAGUCCCACCCCUGACACAUCUACUAUGGCAGGAGAAACAACUGUGACAAGGGUUACACACACCACUAUCCAAGCAACUACUCCUCUUGAGUCCAGCACAUCUGCCAUUGCUUCUGGUAACAGCACCACAUCUCCAGUAUCUACUACAGUAGGAGACACCACUACCUUGAGUGUCACAGAUACCACCACCCAAGCACCUACUACUCCUGAGUCCACUACAUCUGCUACAACGAUUGGCACCAGUCCCAUAUCUGAAGCAUCUACUACUGCAGGAGACACUACUGUCAUGAGGGUUACAGACACCACCAUCCAAGGAACUACUCCUCUUGGGUCCACUACGUCUGCCAGAACUUCUGUGAUCUGCCUCAACAAUGGGCAAUGGAACGGAGAGAACUGUGAAUGCCCCAGUGGCUUCAAAGGAGAUCGGUGCCAGUAUUCUGACAACUGCCAGAAUGAAGGCAUCUGGGAUGGGAGCCAGUGCAAAUGCACCUACCUCUACCAAGGGCCCACGUGUGAGCAGCUGGCCAACAGCAUCAACGUGGCACCUCCACCAGAGACAGUCACAGCCCAGGUGGAACUAACUGUGACAAUAGUCAAUCAUAAUUUCACUGAAGAUCUAAAUAACAAGUCUUCCCCCACAUACCUGGACUUCAGGAAGACGUUCACCAAAGAGAUGGAUAUUCUUUAUGCUGGAAUCCCUGAGUAUAACGGUGUCAACAUCACAAAGCUAAGGCCUGGCAGUGUGGUAGUAGAGCAUGAAGUCCUCCUCAAGACCAACUUCACUCCAGAAUACAAGGAAGAACUGACGAAAGCCACGCAGCAGGUGGAGGAGAAAAUCAUGAUUAUAACCCAAGAACAAGUAAUGAGUAACAAUACCUGCCCAGCCUCACUGUGUUUCAACAAGAAUGCCACCAAGGUGCAAAACGUGACCGUUACCCAAUACGACCCUGAAGCUGAGUGCAAGAAGAAGGCCGGGGAAGAAUUUGCCCAAUAUUUCUUCGUGGAAUACAAGGAUCAGAAGGCCAACUGCAUCUCUGCCUGCAUGCCAGGCUUCAAUGCCUCGAUGGACUGCCACGAGGGGAAGUGCAAGCUACAGCGCAGUGGUCCUCGGUGCUACUGCCUGACCACAGAUACGCACUGGUACACUGGAGAAACCUGUGAGUCGAGCAUUCGGAAGAGUCUGGUGUAUGGGAUCAUAGGAGCAGGAGGAGUAGUGGUGCUGGUUAUCCUUGUUGCCCUCUUGGUAUUCGUAUUCCUCUCCAAGAGGGAGGUGCAAAGACAAAAGUCCAAAGUGUCUCAGUUGUACAAGUGGCAUGAAGAAGAUGGUGGACCAGCCCCUGGGACCUUCCAAAAUAUUGGCUUUGACAUCUGUGAAGAACAAGAGGAUUCUAUCUAUAUGGACUCCAUCUAUAGUAACUUCCAGGCCUCACUGAGCCACAUAGACUCUGAAACAAAGGUCAAAAUUCAGAGGCCGCAGGCACCCAGCAACCGCGGCGUCCGGGCCUGGGCCCCACUCCCAGUCCGUGGAGGCCUCGUCCUGCUGGGGCUAGCAGGCCAGAAGUCUGACUUGGCCUCCUAA